GGCAUACCACGAACGGGAGCCUUCGCAUGCGCUUUAUUCCAAAAAAACCAUCAGCCAUAUUGGUGUGUUGUAUCGCUGUUCUCAGUAAUCCCGAAGAUCAGCAAAGGAGAUAAAGUGCAUCAUGACGGAUUCCAUGAAAUUUGGCCCAGAAUGGUUGCGCAACAGAUCAGGAGACAGUUGCAAUACGGGUGGUGGUAGUGGUGGAGGAACCACAACUCUUAGUACACCCCGCUAUCAAUUAGCAGAACAUAGAUAUGGUCGGGAAGAAAUGUUGGCCCUGUACGAUCGUAAUUGCAAACCACCAGAACCAUUGACAACUUUUCCAACGUUGUAUGUGGAGAAAGCUCAGCCUCCAUUGGCACUCGUACCAAUGACAGAGGAUGAAACGCGUAUGUGGAACGGAGGGAUAACUAAUAUCGGUGGUCGUGGAAGAGGUAGCAGUGUAGAUCGUGGACGUGGUAGAACUGGAAGAGGAGGCUUGUAUUCGUCUCAUUAUUCACGUGGAGUCGGGUUUGAUGACUCCGGCGAUGGGAUACGAAUCGAGGGUCAAUCAUUCCAGGGAAGAAACAGACCAUUCGAUAGAUCUCAAAGCGAACGCGGCUGGUCAGAAAGAAACGGCGCUUCAGAUCCAGGAGAAUGGAAUGGAUCGACUAGUCCUAGAAAAGAGCUAAGUCGUGGGACUAGUGGUAGUUCGCUUAUGGAGAGUAAUUGGAGACGUCAUCGUGGAAGCGGAGAAGAUGAUGACAGUUGGCGCAAGUGGGGGAGAAGUAGUUGGCGCGAGGGUGGCAGUAUGGAUCGGGAUAGAUUGGAUCGAAACGAAGGUGAUGGUGAAGAGGGUAGAAGUGGACCAGGAAGAUGGGAGCAUCGGGGAAAUCACAGAUCUUCCCAUGAUUCGAGUCAUCAUCCACCACCUCGUACCGCUCGCACUUGGGAAUCGAAUCAUCAUGAUAAUCAUGAUAAUCUUCCUGAGUGGGCAACGGAGAAUCCAAGUGAGAGUGGUAGUUUCGACGCUUCGGGCGCAUUCCACGGUGGGAUGUAUUCAGAUGAUGACGAAGAUGGUGCGGCGAGUGCUUCCCAGCAAGGCAGAACUCGACGCGUAUCGGAAGGAAGUGCUUCAAACAUAGUGAGAUCUAAUAGCAAGCCAUUAGCUUUCGGCACAGGUUCUGUUCAAUCCUUGAAUCGCCACACGAGUAAUACCAUAGCCAGCACAUUAAGUAAAGAACGAUCAAAACCGUUAGAUUCACUCGAAGAUAAGGAUGAUUCUAUAGGAAAAGAAAGGAGAUGCAAUUCACCUUCCGUUAAGCCGAUUACUGUACCACUAACCGAGAGUAUUCCGACAAAGACUUUAGCGUCCUCGGAUCUCUUGCAAAAGAAGACUAUCGGAUCUGCAAAUAUGGAUAAAGUCGAGACUUUAGGUGAAAAACCUAAUGAACCUCUGACCGGAAUUCACGAUAAAGAGACCGUUCAGACGGAGGUCAAAACAGAAUCGCAAAUAACUGUGACCAAUCGACAAGUUCCUCUGGAGCAUCCGAAACUCACACAUAAUUCGGGAACAGCUAACGUCAGGCAAAGAACGGAAGAUGAUCUAGAUAGAAUGAGACAGGAAGCUGAUGCUUUGGUAGCCAAAUUAAUGGCGGAUGAAGAAAAUCACAAGGAAAAGACAGCCCCUGCCAGUGUCCCACCUGUAAUUGGUAACCAACCUUCUGCGGUUUCCUCCACGGGUAAUCAGGAAAAAUGGUUUUACCGUGAUCCACAAGGCGAAGUCCAAGGACCAUUUUUAGCUACUGAAAUGGCCGAAUGGUGCAAAGCUGGAUAUUUCAAUACGGGAUUAUUUGUAAGAAGAACUUGUGAUGAAAGGUAUGCUACGCUCGGUGAUUUGAUCAAAAUGUACGGAAGAGUACCGUUCACGCCUGGCCUGCCAAUACCUCCAUUAAAGUUAGCAGAUCAGGUGACAAUUCCACCUGUUCCUAAUACCGUACCGGCUGGAUUGGCUCCUGGUACUAUACCGAAGGCAGGAUUAGAAGAUCCAUUGCUGUUGAUGACAUAUCAGCAUAUGCAGUUACUGCGCAAUCAAAUGCUAUUUAGGCAGAUGAGAUCAUCAGCAAUAGCAAAAUUGUCACAAUCGGAGCACUGGUCUACGCUGACUCCUGUGGAACAGAAUCAGCUGAUUGUACAAUACCUCAUACAAGACGGAAUGCAGGAAAUUCCGGAAGUACCGAUAACGACAAAUCCGUUUGUGCCUCAUCUCACGUCUCAGGCGGCUAAUCCCGUUAUGCAACUUUUCACUCAGAUGCAGCAAGCAAAGACGCAACCUGAGACUCAUUUACCAACGAAUCCACACACGACCGCACCGGCCCAUCCAGUCACAGUAGAUCCCAUACAGCAGCUCAUCCAACAGAUGGGCGGCAUGCAGAACUUGCCUACUAUGCCACAGCCAAAUAUCGCUCCGCCUCCCACGCCGACGCAAGAGGACAAUCCGAUAAAAUCUUUGCUACGUCAACUCAAUGUCAACACUAACGGCCAUCCACAAGUGCCCCACAUGGACACCGUUUGGCCGCAACCUCCACCGCAAAUAGUUCCUCAAUUUAAUGCGCAGAAUUGGUUAGCGCAGGUCGGACCCAUUCCUGCGAUGCCACCAGGACAAUUACCUGGUUCUUUGUGGGAUUUACACGCUAAAGAUAUGAAAACUGAACAACAGAUUUUGGAAGAACAGAAUCUUAAGUUACAAGAAGACAGGAAAAAGGAAGAGUUAAGAAAGCAGGAAGAAUUGCAGCGUCAAGCAGAAGAAGAAAACGCGAAGAGAAAGCAAAAAGAGGAGCAAGCUAGACAGGCUGAGGAGGCAAAACGUAAAGACGAGGAAAGAAAGAGAAAGGAAGAAGAGAAAAAACGAAAAGAGGAAGAGAAACGCAAGCAGGAAGAAGAACAAAAGAAGAAAGAAGAGAAAAAACGUAAAGAAGAAGAAAAAAAACGUGAGGAAAAGAGAAAACAGGAAGAAGAGAAUUUAAAGAAGAAGCAGGAAGAGGAAAGGAGAAAGCGGGAAGAAUUUAAGAAAUUAGAAGAAAAACAAAAGAAAGAAGAAGAGAAGAAAAAGAAAUUAGAAGAAGAGCAAAGAAGACAGGAAGAGGAGAGACUCAGAAAAGAAGCGGAGGCACGGCGACAAGCUGAAAUAGAAGAGCAGACACGUCGUGCGGAACAACGGCGAAGAGAAGCCGAGGCAUUGCGUAAACUUCAAGAAAGAACUAAAUCUCCAUGGGCCCAGGCUCCACGUGCACUCGCUCCCGCUACUCAUACUGCAUCACUUGCCGAGAUCCAGAGACUUGAGAGAGAAAAGAAAGCGGAAGAACAACGGCUUCAACAAUUGAUGCAACAACAAUUGGCGCAACAGAAAGCGGUAGAAGCGGCGCAGGAAGCAUCAGUAAUCGAUUCUUCAAAGCGAUUGCAAUUUAAAUGGGCGGAGAAAGCUAUUGCCUCCAGUAAACCACUCCAGGUGAAAAGUCUCGCGCAGAUUCAACAAGAGGAGCAAGAGCGCAUCGCUAAGGUAAAGCAACAGGAAAGAGAACGAUUAGAAAAGGCUGGUCAAAAGGAUGCUGCAAGUAUGCUGCAAAAUGCUGGGAUAUGGGGCACAGCAUCACAAUGCUUGAGCUGGGCUAAUUCGGGCACAUCUAGCAGUCAGGUAUGGUCUACGAAUUCUGGCACUACUGGUUUUUGGGAUCCUACACCCAUCAAGACGUCUACGACUAUGAAGCAGCCGGCUAAACAAGCUACGAUCGUGAAACCUGCCCCUACUCAGCAGCAACAGCAGCAGCAGAAUAGUAAUAAUAAAACGUCUAAGAGUAAGAAUAAAAGAGAAGAGGAGCUAGUGAAGAAAUUGUUUGAACAGAACACUGCCAAGACCGACGAAUUCACGCAAUGGUGUAAUAAAGCAUUGAGCGGUAUACAAGCAUCUGUGGAUAUCCCUACAUUCGUUGGAUUCUUACGAGACAUCGAAUCGGCGUACGAAGUUAAGGAAUAUGUACGCGUUUACCUUGGAGAUACCAAGCAGAGCACAGAAUUUGCCAAACAAUUCUUAGAAAAACGAAGCAAGUGGCGAUCGGCGCAACGACCUCAGGCACAAGCGGACGAUCUGUGCAAGCCAGCACCUGCUAUUAAUCCAAACGCAUCCACAGAAUUUCAAGAAGUUAAGGGAAAAUCCAAGAAACCAAAGAAAGGAAAGAUGUUCAAGGUGGACAACAGGAUUCUCGGCUUCAGCGUAACUGCUGCUCCUGAUCGUAUUAAUGUAGGUGAUCGCGAUUACGGUGAAGGCGUCUGAACUGUUUCGCCAAUUUACCUCGUGGAAAUGAUGCGACGCUCGAUUCAUUAUACGGUUCGUUAUUUAUUUAUUGUACAUGCCAAACCGGUGCAGAGAAAACCCACCGCGGGUACUCUUCUUAAAAAAAAUAUAUGAAGGUUUUUUAUAACUUAACACACGAGAAAAAAGAAGCUCAUCCCUUCAGAAUCGAUUGUCGAUAGCAGUCUUUGUUUAAGACUGACUGAGCGUGGCGUUAUUUUCUUACAUGAAUUACACGAAAAAAAAAAACUCCAUUGUACAUAUUACUCAAAGAAAGAUAUUUCGAAAGAAAGAAGACGGACUUACUCUUUUUCCUAUGUACGCGGCAAUUAGGGUUGGAAACUUUUAUAACAUUUCAUUCUCGCCAUCGUCACUUGAAAUAUACAAAAAAGAGAAUAAAAGGAGAGAAAAGUAUGCCGACCGAUAAUAAUUGUGCAUGCGGAAAUGUGGCAGUCAAUAGCAAUAUGUGUAUGUUAAAGGUGUUCAAUGAAAAAGAAGUAAUGUUAGAACGUGUGCUUGGUAUCGUGAAAAUUAUGGUCUUUACGUCAAGUACUGAAUAUACGGUGCGUCAGAAUAUACGGUGCGUUUGUCCUUAUCGAAUCCUAUGGAUUUUUGCUUCAUCGCAAUAGUCGAGGGAAAAAAAAAAGAGAUUUACUUUACAUUAUAGUCGCAGCAGAUCUCGCAAAUGAUUUAUUAUGCAUUUCAAGAAAAUUUUCACCUUUUAAUAUUUCUUGGUCAUAAUAUUGCAGUAAUACUCUAAGUAAAACAUACAUAAUAAUUGUAUGCAAAAGGAUGCGACACACAUUAUAAUAACAGAGCAAAGACUAAUAUCAUACUUUGGAAUGAUGACGAGAAAAGAUGGUGAUUUAAAAUGAUACUUUCCUGAUAUUACGAGGAUUUAUGAAAUAAACUUAGCGAUUGAGUAUAGCAUUCUCUGAUAGAAAAACUUUCAUUUUCGCAUUAGUACUAACAAUAGCGAUUAAAAAUAAUAUUCAUAAUCCUUCCCACUAAUUCCUCAAAGUAUCACACAUGAUAGUACACAUGAUAUCGGCGUGACAUCUUGACUUAGCACUGAUUACUGCAUGUGUGGAUCUCAUUGUCGUCGGCAUAGCCUUCUUCUGUAUAGUCGAUUGUAAACAUUCAAAAACACUCAAAAAUUUCACAGAAAACUUAAAUGCGAUACAUGCAGAGUGAAAAAAAGAUAUCUCUUUUGUGAAGUUUUUAUUUAAGUAAUUCUGUAAAUGUUGUAGAAGAUCCGUAUAACUCUUUUUAGCACUUUAAGAACAUUCAUUUUUGUUCUCCUGAUUGGACUAAUAUGCGUUGGGCACAGAUAGGCGACUUUGGAUAAGCGUGGAAUGUUGUGACAGAUCUGACCACUCGUAUUAUUAUUAUUAUUAUUAUUAUUAUUAUUAUUAUUAUUAUUAUGAUGGUUGUUAAUUAAGGUUCACUGAUCUUCUCUUAUAUAAGAAGAUAGGAGAAGAUCAUAGACCCUUACAUGAAAAGAUUUAUGUAUAAAUAGAUUAAUGUACAGAAUAAUAGUGAUGAUUAAAUAAACCGAUAAAAAGCGAUAUAAUAA